AUGCCUCGCCACGACCGACUUAAAAAUGGUGGUGCCUUACUGCAAAGCAGUCGAGCCUGCGGAUACCCUUCUUCUCGUCUCCUUGUGUGGCGCUCUACCUUUAAUCAUGUCGCAUCUCGCCACGAGAGUAUCAUCAGCAACCACGCUUUCAACCAGCAGCUCGAAGUGUAUCUACCUUCCAGUGCUGGAAAGGCUGUUGCUCAACUCCUGCAGUGGGAGACGGGAUUCUAUUACGAAAUUAAGGCGUCAGUGGACAUGUUCUUAUCGCCAUCAUUUAUUCGCGAGUACCUCAUGGAAGGCAAUACUGCCUUUAUGUUGGCCAAGAACGCGGCCGUAGAUGCAUCGCAGUCGGCAAUGUUGCUUCCGUCGGGCCAGUUGCUGCUGCUGGUGGAUGUAGAUACAUACCAACAAUUAGGAUUAGUCGGGGAAAAAUAUGGCAAAGCGCUACCUGCCGCCUGCAGAUCUGCCCACCAAAAACGAGCCCAGAAGUACGUGAUCACACUAGAUUUGACUUCGCCGACAUUUGCGGAAGAUAAGGAAAACAAAGUUCGAGAUAAGGUGCGAACGUGUCUUCGAACGAAACUGCAGGAUCUAAAUAUGCUAUUGUGCGCAUAUAACCAGCGUGGAGCGCUCCGCACAAUCUUGUUUGAACACGAUCAAAUACAUCGUUCACGCUUGGAGCUGAACGCUGAUCUGACAACGUUCAGUGAUAUAUUUUUGCCUCACUUUGACGCAUUUUACUCUAAUUUAUGCGCGUUGGAAGAGCUUGGUGAAAGAGAUGGUGAGAAGCUGAGGACGUCAUUACAUGAGGCCUACGAAUGGUUGGGUCUUGUGGCUUGUGGACUCACCGACCUGCUUAAGAGGGAGAAACCGGAAGAUUACGUGUCGACAUUUACAGGCAUUCCUGAUUCGUUUGAAUGUGAAUCAGCAUGUGAAAUCACGACAGUAAGGUGGCGUGGUUUGCUAGCUGCUCCGUUUUGUAAUACUAUAGUCAAAAAGGUACAGCUUGCUGUGAAAAGAGGCGACCUGCCGUGGGGAGCGGUGACGGUCUGGGGCUUUCCUGAUGUUUUCGUGUCAUGGGUGCAGUCCAAAGCUAACAGCAGCAACGUGAAGAAAAAAGACUUACAGCGACGGGAGCAUGGCUUUCUGAGUAAUGGUAAGAAUAAUUACACCCUGUUAAUCUUACCAAACGAACAGUACUUCUUGCUGCAAGCUAUAGGUCCACAUGACGAGACAGUAUAG